UAGUGAAAGGUACUAAUCUAGAUCUUGGUUCCUUAUUUUAAACUGUCCUUUUUGAAAGUACAGAGAACAGAUGUGCACAAAAUGCACUCAGCUUUUCCGCUGCCAACCUCAGAUGCUAGAUAUGCUGCUGUGGCAAUGUGAGUGGAGAUAACUGUGUGUGUGCUAAUGCACUUGAAGAAAACUACAGGAACUGACAUUUGUAGGAGGGUGAAGCACAUUCACGGACGCUCUCACUGUCACACGCUAAACUACAAUGGAUCAAGCAACAGACUACAGUCUCCUGGGAGCGUCAGGAGGGGCAUCGCCACCUGCACUGCCCAUCAAACAGCGCAGGAGCAAGUCAUCUUCAAGCUCCAUCCAGGAUCUAGAUCUGAAGGUGGGAGAUCUACUCUUGUCUGGACCACAGACGCCUGUGUCUCCAUUUGCUGAAGUAUUCACUCCUACUUACUGUAACGCAGCCCACUGCCCAAUACACCGUCGCUAUGAAAAUCACCAGGCAAGAUUCUUUUCGGAUCAAACUCCGCCUCCAGUACCCAAAAAGAGUCUGAAGAGAACCCUAUCCCUCCCGGCGGAGGCUCUAGACCCAUCUUCCCAUGACCAUACAGCAACCUACAACUAUGAAAAUCCAUUAUACAUGAUAGCACCAUUCCAUGGCACACUUACACUACAAGAGGAAGAGGUACAAGAGGAGCUACAUCAAGGAUCGACCUUGCACAGAGUGAACUUUGAUACACCAGAUGAGCAACUUCAAAGAGUCUUCAGAAGCUUCCAGAGCCAUGAGCAAGUUUCCAUGGGUAUUCAAGAGCGUUAUCUUCAGUUUCUCAGGAACUCAUUCCAAAACAUUGAAUCGAGCAUCUUCCUGAAUGAACAGGAAAUGGAGAUGGCAAAGACUUCUCAGCCUAAUGACUUCAUAUUGUGUGAGGAGCAGUGGACGGAGAGGGAUGCUUUCUACUUGGUGCGUUGUUCGAAGAUUCCUGGGAGACUGUUUUCAGCAAAGGUUCACAGAGAAGAUUUGGUUUCAGAUUGUGCUAUAUCCAUGCCGCAUCCUAACAUUGAGCAAGGAGUGGUCCAUUUCCGACAAUGCACAGCUACGCCUACGGAUAAAACUUCCACCUUGCAGCAAGCUGAGACAACUUCAGAGCCUUCACAUGGGGACACCACCGAGGUGUGCCAACAGCAAACAGUAGCGGAUCUUCUAGAGAAAGGUUUUAGUGUGACUGUGGUAAGAGACUUUCCAUUGGGAACGUUGGAGGACUUUGUUGAGGAAGGACACUUUUUGCACUCCAGCCUUCCUGAGGUUUAUGAGAGGAGGCUUUGCCUUCUUGCCCUCCAGUUGAUUCUAGGACUACAGCAGCUGGGACAUUUUAAAGUAAUUAACAGGGAAUUGAAACCACAGAGUGCGACUUUAGUGUGGCCUCAUAUCACGAGCAAGGGGGAUGACCCUUUGGAAUACACUAGUAAAAAGAAGAAGGCAAUGGAGAUGAAUACAGACACUUCUAAAGGUACACCCGAGAUCACGGUGACCGAAGAGCUAAUACACAAAAGUGAGAUUUGUCAAACCUUAUGGGAGAAGUGGGGCACCCCUCGUUUGGUCCUGGAAAGCCAUUUCGAGGACAAAGUUUUCCAAGAAGCAACAUCCCAAGAGUUCCAGUUGGGGACUUUGCUGAGGUACGGCCUACAUCUCACUGAUGGUUGCUCAUCCGUGUCGAAGGCGCCACAAGACACUCCAUACACUCCAGGAUUGCUGUGGCUGGUCACCCAGCUUACAUCUGAGAAACCUGGGCUACUAUUGACCGAUGUGGUGGGUGUCCUCCAGGCCUUACUUUGGGGUCCACAACAGGCACUUUUUCAGCAGAAUAAACUGGAGAGCUCUGUGUUCUCUAACUGGCUGCUACUUAAGCGGUCUCUUUUAGUCCUCAAGCUUGCUGAGAAGGGACUCUUUCAGGACCAAUAUGGCUUGGACUGGGAAGACUAUCUCUGCCUGCAAUAUCUAUCCCUUACUGACGCCAAGACUAUGCAUUGCAUUACUGAACACAUGGGCCUUCAUGACUUUUUUAAACCUGCUUAACAUUAAAAUGCAAAUGUUAAUGACAACAAUUGUCAGAUAGUGAAACAUAGAUACAACUGUAGACUAUUGUAGCUAUACAACCUAAAUUAAGUUAGAACAACUUGAGCAUUUUUGUUAUUCAUGUACUUCCCAUCAUAAAACCUUGAAGAAAAAAAACCUAAUAUUUGUAAAGAGACCCGCACAUGACAACAAAUGCUUAUUAAUUCUGAGAAAUCUAUUUUUUUCCUGUAUGUUUUAGUUAAAUUGAAGCCAUUUAAUUCCCUGUUUUCAUAUUUACCCCUCCCAUGUCAUGUGCAUGCACUUUGAACAUUAUAUUACUAUUUUUCUUUUUCAUCUGUCUACAAAAUUACCAUGUGAAACACUUGUUACACAUUAAACUGUUAUAUUUAAAGGGGGCAGAUUAUAUCCAAUGUACAGUAAAGGCCUCGCCAAUACAAGCUUAUUGUUGGUUGACCUUGUGGAGUUUACUUAUUAACAAUACCUGGAAAAAUUAGCAUUACAAAACUGGGGUUAGGACAAACUAUUCUGAAAAACCCAGUGAGCCUUGGUCUACUAAGUUACAUUUUGCAUGUGGACAUGAAAAGAGAUUGCAAAACCAAGUCGGUGUUGUAGGGUGAGCAUUUUUUAUUCUGCACACUGUAGGAAACAUGCAGACAAAUCCUAUUGAAGUCAUAACUAACUCAAAUCCAUGCACACAUUAAGCAAGCACUUAAAGCCACCAGUAAAGAAAUCAAUAUCAGCAAUAUAAACCAUGAUUCUACAUACAUUGUUGCUUGAGAUCUUAACCAUAAAUAUGUUCUAAAAAUUAUCAGUGAGGGAAUGGUGCAAGGAAAUCAGCAAAUAAUCCAAUUACAUUGAAAGUUAAGCCCAGUA